AUGGCUUCCACCAACAAACCUCUCAAAUCCGCGGCCUGGACAGCCUACAAGCGAAGCUACCGCAAGAAGGACAAGCCGGAUGGGUACAUUGAGGUGUUCCGCAAAAUCAAGGCCGCCUUUGGCUGUGACAAGGUGUUGUAUCCAGGAUGCCACCGUCAUCUCUCCGCCUCGCUGGUGUGGCCGCAUGUGGACUAUGUGGAUUCCGACCGCAAAGUGGCUGAUGUCUACGAGGAUGACGUUUGUCGCCAAUGGGUUAUGGAAAAUGCGGGAUACGAGUCGUCUCCCGCAUACACGUUCACCUGUGCCGAUUUUACGAAACCCUUGCCCAAGGGCAAAUUCAAGAAAGAUUCCUACGACUGCCUCAUUUCUUUGAGCGCGGGUGUCGUGUCCACCGCCUGUGUCCCCUAUCUGACCCCUGGCGAAGGACUGCUCCUCGUCGAUGAUUCCCAUUCGGAUGCCAAGAUUGCCUUUAUGGAUGAACGGUUGGAACUAGUGGGUGCUGUGGUGGUUCCAAAAGGCGACGGUGAUGAGGUGGCGGUUUUAGAGGUGGUCACCAGUCCUGAAAGACUGGACCGAUAUUUCCGAACCAAGGCGAAGGGAAAUCCACAUAUCACCCAAGCCCAAGCGGAGGAAGCUAUCCGGAUUGGUUCCGUGGCCAAACGUUCCUUUCGCGUGUUGGAGGAUGCCUUUGUCUACAUCUUUCGUCGUCGUCGAGGAGAAUCGCAAGAUGAAAACGCCGCCAACGAGGAGGCAGCCAAUGAAAAGGUUGACGACAAAGAGAAGAAGCGUGGAAGCAUCGACGACACCGAGUCGAAACCAAAGAGGAGUAAACGUUGA